AUGGCAUCUUCUAUCGCUGUAUCCUGCCAACAGACUCGCUUUGACAUAUCAGACAGCACGGUCUUCACCGGUUUGGACAUCAAAGGCCUCAACAUCACAAUUCAAGCCCCUGUCCCCUCUUCCGAUAAUAUCGAAGCGUCCAAAGCAAAAUCCGCCCGCAAAAAGGCGCUUGCAGACGGGAUCGAAAUCCUCAGCAAUGCCGAAUUGAAGCUCAACCCAGGCCUACGCUACGCCCUCACCGGGAAGAAUGGAUCUGGGAAAUCCACCCUGCUCCGCUCCAUAGCUCAAAAGCUCAUUCCCGGGAUCCCAAAUUCGACUCGAAUCUCAAUCUUACAGCAAACAUCUACCUCUGACCACCGGCACGCGGAGAAUGAACCCUUCCUUGGAAUCGACAUUGGUGGCGAUGACGGAAGGGAAAAGGAUCGAGCUUCUCAAACUCCGCUUCAACGCGUCCUGUCCUCGGACUCGUUCCAACAAGUUCGACAAGCCGAGAAGAAUGCGCGACUGCGAAGCGGCGCCCGCGGUCUCCAGGCACGCAAGGAGCUACGGCUCCUGGAGGAGAAGGUCGUAAAUGCGGAUGCGGAAGCGAGGAUCACAACGCUAGCGGACAUUGAUGCGGUGGUGAUCGCUGCCGAGACAUCCGCCGCCCUCGACUUGUGGACAGAUCUGCAGGGCCAGAUAGAAAGCUAUAGCGGCAAUGCCGCCGCUGACGCGGAGAAGCGUGCCAUCUCCAUCCUGCGUGGGUUAGGAUUCACGACCGAGGGGAUGAUGAAGAACAAGACAUUUGCAGAGCUGAGCGGAGGCUGGCGGAUGCGGUGUCUGCUCGCCGAGACCCUGUUCCAACCCUCCGACAUGAUGAUCCUGGACGAACCAACCAAUUUCCUCGAUCUGCUCGGCAUCGUGUGGUUGCAGCGCUACUUGCUGUUUGGGAACGACCUGGCUCAGGAAGACAAAGACACGACGCCAAGCAGGGUCGUGGUGGUGGUGAGCCACGAUCGCCACUUCGUGGACAGCGUCUGCGACGAGACGAUCGUCUUGAGGGAUCAGACGCUCCUGACCUUCAAAGGUACGCCUUCAGCGUAUGAGGCUGAUCUCCGCUCGAGGAUUUUACAUCUGAGUAAAGUGAAGGAGGCGAACGAUCGCCAGGUCAAAAUGAUGGAAAGGAGUAUCGGUGAAAACUUGCGGGAGGGGAAGGCCAAAGGAAAUGACAAUAAGGUCAGGGCCGCGAAGAGCCGGCAGAAGAAGUUGGAGGAGAGGAUGGGGUUGCAGGUCUCGGCUUCGGGCGGGAGGUUUAAGUUGAGUAGGGACAGGGUUGGGUUUCAUGAUAGUCUGAGGGAUGAGAUCGGGGUGCCGACCGAGGAGAGCGGAAGAUCUAUCGUGCUGCCUGGAGUAACUGGGUUGAGAUUCCCAGGGUCGCUGGACAUCAACUUGGUCGUGCAUAUGGGUGAUCGCAUUGGAAUCGUGGGCUUGAACGGAUGUGGCAAGACGACGCUCAUCAAGCUCAUCACUGACACGAUCCGAGUCCCCCCGGCUUCAGGGACCAUGACGAAACACCCCCAGUUGAAGCUAGGCUAUUAUUCCCAGCACGCUGUGGAGGAUCUGCAACAACAUGCAGACCCCAACUCAACCGCUCUAUCUCUCAUGACGCAACAAGUCGCCUCCGCCCUCUCAGAAGGCGACAUCCGCGGCCUCCUGUCCAGUCUCGGACUACCAGGUCGCACCGCUUCCGAUGUGCCCAUCUCUAAACUGUCCGGUGGUCAACUGGUCAGACUAGCCCUCGCGAGAGUGAUAUGGAACUCGCCGAGCCUGCUGGUCCUGGACGAAAUCACCACCCAUCUGGACCACUAUACCGUUUCUGCCCUUAUUGAUGCGCUGAGGGAUUAUGAGGGCGCAGUGCUGCUGGUUUCGCAUGAUCGAUUUCUUGUUAGGGGUGUGGUCGAAGGGCAGGGUGGUAGUGGUGGUGGUGAAUGCGAGGAAGAGGAUAUGGAGAGGGGAGGCUCAGGGGAGAAGGAAAUUGAGAGGAGGAGGAUUGUGUAUCUAUUGAAGGGUGGGAGGUUGAAGGUACUGAAUGGGGGUGUGGAGGACUUUGAAAGGUCGCUGGAGAAGAAGUUGGAGAGUUUAAGUUUGUAG